AUGGAAGUGUGCCCUCCUCCGGUCCGAGUUCAUGGCGCAUCGCCCGGCGACGGGGCCGCCCAAGUGGUCACCGCUCUCUACGGAGGCUGGCGGGUCACCUUGUCAGGGGCCGACACCAGCGCGGGCGAUGGCGGCGCCGGUCUGUUCGUGAAUGUAGAAUGGGUGGCCCUACCCAUCGAAAAGCUGUUCUUCCGCCCGCCAAUUCGGCCACUUGCGAUUGGAGGAGCGACCAAGAGGAAAAGGGAGGACGACCUGCGACUGGGACACGACGACGCGCGAGAACAGCGACCGCACAAGGCGAGUCGGCCGGCCGACGAUGACGCCUCCUGGUGCGAUCUCCACCAGGUGAACCACUCGCUGGUCGACGACUGCGACCAUUCAUCCGCUUCCGGAGGUCGUCGCGGAGACAAGAGCAGGCUGACCUUUGACAACCUACCGACCGAAGUACAAUGCGAAAUAUUCCUUCGUCUUCCGAUGCACGAGUGGCGCGAAAUGGCGUACGACGAGACGCUCUGGCACUCCCUCCAUUCCCUAUGCUUUGGCGGACCCAAGACCAAACCAGAGGCCACAUGGCGCAAGGAGUGCGGGAUUAUUCUGAGGCAACUGCAGCGACGCAAGAAAGGAUGCGAGGAGCACCUUGAAGCGGAAAGAAGUAACUUCAAGCGGAUCGAGUUCCUGUGGGCCAUCAAACGC